AUGAAGUUUUGCACAACAUUAUUUGGGUCUUUGCUGAUUCUAAUACAAAUCGCUCAAGCUGCCAAAAAUAACGUGAAACAUGUUACAUCGAUAGAUCAAUUCUAUAAUAUUUGUAACAACGCAAAUGGAUCCUACACCAUGGUCAAAUACUACACGACGUGGUGUCAUCAUUGUAAGAGGCUAGGUCCCAUCUAUGAAGAAUUGAGUGAUUUAUACAAGAAUGUGGAAGGUGAUGAUAACGUUACAUUUUUGAAUGUGAAUUGUGAAAUAUUCGGUUCAACUCUAUGUGUUGAUUUACCAGGGUUCCCCAUUAUCAAUUUGAUUAAACCAUUGGAUAAGCCUCUCAAUAUUAAAGAGUUUGAUUGGAAUUCUCUAUCAUUUUUUGAAAGGAUAUGGAAGAGAAUUUAUGAUAAACUUUAUUUGAAAAACCCAUAUUGGCAAAUUGACCCUGAUAGAAUUGUUAAAUAUCAAGGCAGAAGAGAUGUUGAGCCAUUAGAUAACUUUAUCAAAACUGUUAAGGCUAAGGAUGAACUAUCGAAGAAAGUGAGUUCCAUUUUAAAUCCAAAUUAUCAUUGUUCAGAUGCCGAUCUGUUCUGCAAAGAGGGUAAAAUCUAUUUACUUGAAUUUUUAGAACAACUCGACCAUAGUAAACAGAAUGGGGAUAAAAGAGAUGCUAUCUUCAAGGAAAGAAUGAAGUUAGAAAACAUCAUUAGGAAUAAUGAAAAGAGUGUGGAUAAAGACACAUUACAGGUAAUCAAAUUGAAACUCGAACUAUUGAACACAUAUGAAGAUACUAUACAGGAUGUACAACAUGAUGAAUUAUGA